AUGGCCGCAGCUCAUCUGGAUGUCGAUCUCACGCCACAAUCUCCCAAUGCGAGAUUCUGCGCCAACGAUGGCGGGAAUUACGAGUUUUGGCUCAGCGCCCACUCCAAGAUGUUGAAGGAAGCUCGGGUUGGGGCGUCGCGCUUCAGUCUCAAUCCUAGGGGCUUGCUGAUGCCGAAAUACUCCGAUUCUAAUCAGAUCUUUUAUGUGCUCGAAGUGUUUUGUGUCUCGGAGACACGAGCAAAAGCCUCAAAUCUGGAGAAUUCACUGUUUACUCCGGACUUUAUCGCCCAAGCAUGGGAUGUCCCAGAAGAAACGGUGAAUAGCCAGAAGGAGGAGAGGAUUGUUUUGCUCAAGGAAGGCAUUUCUAUGCCGGAGACAACCGAUUUGAGCAACUCUCCCUAUGGAGAGUUUGCUUACAACUGCGAGGAGGCAAAGCUCGACGUGGAUAUAAAAAACGGAGGCAGAGUUUCCGUGGUUUCCAGCGAUAGCUUGCCGAUCUUCAAGCACGUCAGUCUUGGCGCUGAUCUCGUCAAGCUUGAUCCGCAUGCCAUGUGCUCGCCAGGAUUUUCCUCCGACUCCGCGUACCAAGUCACUUACAUUGUCCGUGGAAGCGGUCGAGUCCAAGUCGUGAACCAAAAUGGCGAGAGAGUUAUCGAUCAUAUGCUGGAGCCCGGCUGCCUGUUUAUCGUCCCACGAUUCCACGUCGUCUCAAAGCGAGCAGGAGAAAAUGGAAUGGAAUGGUUCUCGAUCAUCACCACCGAGAAGCCAGUGUUCUCUCAUCUCGCUGGAAGAACUGGCGUGAUCAAGAGCUUGUCGCCCAAAACGAUUUGCGCGGCUUUUAACGUGGAAGAUGGAGUUGAGAAGGAGCUGCGGUCUCGCAGGACAAACGACGCCAUCUUCUUCCCACCCAAAUAAGAUGAGCCCCCUAGUCAAUGCAAGUCAAUAAAGAGUCAACUCUGUCAAUGCGCAAUAAAUUCAAAGCUCAUUGAUUCCAAA